AACGCGACGUGUUCUCUUGUCCCUGUUAAGAGACUAUCAAGAUGGCGGCCUCCAGGAGCUGCUCUCUGUGGAGCUGCUGUGGCCGCAGGUGGUCGCGGUCGAUGCGGGGCUGCUGCCUCUCAGAGCUACAUAGCUCUUGGUCCGGGGACCCUCUGGGUGCACGACUCUUGUCCCAAGAGAAGCGGGCAACAGAAACGCAUUUCGGGUUUGAGACUGUGUCGGAGGAAGAGAAGGGAGGCAAAGUCUAUCAGGUGUUUGAAAGUGUUGCCAAGAAGUAUGACGUGAUGAAUGAUAUGAUGAGUCUUGGUAUCCAUCGUGUUUGGAAGGAUUUACUGAUCUGGAAGAUGCGCCCACUUCCUGGAACCCAGCUCCUCGAUGUUGCUGGAGGCACAGGUGACAUUGCAUUCCGGUUCCUUAAUUAUGUUCAGGCACAGCAUCAGAGAAAACAGAAGAGGCAGUUAAGGGCGCAACAAAAUUUAUCUUGGGAAGAAAUUGCCAAAAAGUACCAGAAUGAAGAGGAUUCCUUGGGUGGUUCCCGUGUCAUGGUAUGUGACAUAAACAAGGAGAUGCUAAAGGUUGGAAAGCAGAAAGCCUUUGCUCAACAAUACAAAGCUGGACUUGCCUGGGUAUUGGGAGAUGCUGAAGAACUGCCCUUUGAUGAUGAUAAGUUCGAUAUUUACACCAUUGCCUUUGGGAUUCGGAAUGUCACACACAUUGAUCAGGCACUCCAGGAAGCCUAUCGGGUCCUGAAACCAGGAGGACGGUUUCUCUGUCUUGAGUUUAGCCAAGUGAGCAAUCCCCUCAUAUCCAGGCUUUAUGAUCUAUAUAGCUUCCAGGUCAUUCCUGUCCUAGGAGAGGUCAUUGCAGGAGACUGGAAGUCCUAUCAAUACCUUGUAGAGAGUAUUCGACGAUUCCCAUCUCAGGAAGAGUUCAAGGACAUGAUAGAAGAUGCAGGUUUUCAGAAGGUGGCUUAUGAAAGUCUAACAUCAGGCAUAGUGGCCAUUCAUUCUGGCUUCAAACUUUAACUCCUUUUCUAUCCUGGAGCAUGAACCAGUCACAUCCUGUUGAAAGCCUAGAAGUGCAGGAUAAUCUGGCUAAUGAAACAGCCGCAGAGCAUCUCCUCUUAAGGAUAUUCAUGUUCUGAAUUGACCAGUCUCAAAGUUGAAGAAACAAAUUCUUGUCACUUGUUUUGCAGCUUUCAUUAGGAACUGCUUCAGGCCUUCUCCCAGAGGUAUUUGGUCUGUUUUUUUGGCUCAACUCCUGCAAAUUUCUCUUGGCUGUGCACUGUGGUUAAGGUAAAACCAGCACUAAAGCACAAUUUUGAAUUAUGUUUGUAAUUUUUCUGCUGGUGCUGCCUUCCAGAGGGAUAAUGGAUCAUUUGAACCCAAUGAUGUUUUGAACUAUAAAACUUUCUUUUUUUUUUUUUUAAAGAUGACCAGUAAGGGGAUCUUAACCCUUGAC